CUUUCCCCUUCUCGCUAGAGUGAGCACAAAGUGAAGCGCCGCACUCACUGCUCACCCUCCGAUCAUCUCCUUCCUCCAAAGCACCUUUCCCUUUCCAUGGACCACCUCCUCUCUCAAUUCUCUCUCCUCUCAGACGAGGCGCUCACGGACAAGAACUUCGACCCCAAGAGGGUGGAGGACCUCAUGGCCGCCUUCGAGCAGGAGGCCAUGGCGUCGUGGGCAGCCAUGGAGGCUGAAGCGGACGAGAUGGCCAGAGAGGCGGAGGCGUCGCUGAGGGCAGCCGAGGCCCAAUUUGAAAGCCUGAUAGCCCAGUCCAUGAUGGAGUUGGAAAGCCUGGGCCGCCUGCAUGGAUCGGCCAUGGCGGAAAUGAGGAGCCUGGUGAACGGAGCGGAGGCGGCCAGGAAGAUGGGGAAGUACAUGAUGAGUGCCCCUAGUGCUGCAUCAAGGAAGUACGCGGAUGCUGCUGUCGCCUCUAGCGCCACGGUGAAAUCUGCGUGGGUUGGUGGCGACGCCAGGCAGAGUGGCAGGAUCCACCCUAACUGAAGGGAAGAACAUAGCACCUAUCUAAACAGAGACAUAGAUCUCCUGUGUGUUCUGUAGCAAUUCCUGUAAUCGUGGUUUCAUGAUUAACUUUGUAUGUCAUGAGAUUACAGAAUCUGAAUGUUUUAGUUCUGAAGCGUUGAGAAUCGAAUAAAUCAAGAGUGGUCUAGAGUUGCAAUUUC